AUGAGUUUACUCGGCAACAUCUUCGGCACUAUCAACGGGGUCGUCAACAGCGUCAUCGGUGGAGCCCUCAGCUGGAUAUUCGGCGUCACGGCAGCUCUGUCGCAGUCCGCCACUAAUGGAAAAUCACUCUUUGGUACUUUGCAAGCGGUCUUGCUCCCACUCUUCUUGACCAAUAAUCCUUUACCUAAUGGGUUUCCUUGGGGAACCAGGACACCAACAAAUACCAGCCCGUAUACGCAGUCUCCGAACACCGGCGUAAUCCGCUCAUACGAUUUCACUAUCAGUCGAGGUGUGAUUGCGCCUGAUGGCUACCAGAAACCUGUUCUGCUCGUCAACGGAGCCUUCCCUGGGCCUACAAUUGAGGCCAAUUGGGGGGAUAUUAUUCAAGUCACCGUCCACAACAACAUCCUCGACGACUCCACGGGCGCGGCCGAAGGAACAGCAUUGCACUGGCAUGGCUUCCUUCAGACCGCAACGCCUUGGGAGGACGGUGUGCCCGGAGUAGACCAAUGCCCUAUCGCCCCUGGAAAGAGCUAUACCUACCAGUUCAAGGCUGAACUCUACGGAACUUCUUGGUAUCAUUCUCACUACAGUGCUCAAUACUCUGGUGGCGUUUUCGGUCCCAUGGUUGUCUACGGGCCGAACCAGAAGAACUACGAUAUUGACGUUGGUCCGGUCUUGCUCUCCGACUGGUAUCACCCCUCUUAUCUGCAGCUGGUAAAGCAGACGAUGACGCCUAACCAACCCCCGGUCUUCUCUGACAACAACUUGAUCAACGGCAAGAUGAACUUUGAUUGCACCAAGGUUGCACAGGGAGACACUUCCAAGUGUACCAACAACGCUGGCAUCAGCAAGUUCAAGUUCACUACUGGCAAGACACAUCGCCUUCGCCUCAUCAAUGCUGGUUCCGAAGGUGUCCAGCGCUUCUCUAUCGAUGGCCACAACAUGACCGUCAUCGCCAACGACUUCGUGGAGGUUAACCCAUACUCCACAAAGGUCGUCACUCUUGGAAUUGGCCAGCGUGCUGAUGUCCUGGUGACCGCCAACGCAGGCACAUCCAAGUCAGCAUUCUGGAUCCGUUCCAACAUCACUUCGUGCUCCCUGACGAAUCAGCCCAACGCUGUCGCUGCGCUGUACUACGACCAAGCAGACACCACCAAGCAGCCAACCUCGCAGGCAUGGAACAUUCCUGACCCAGGAACCUGUGCCAACGAUGACCUGAGCAUCACGACCCCAAUGUACAAGAUGACACCCCCCACACCUUCUAACACACACACCUAUGGUGUGCAGCUGUUCCAGAACGCGUCGGGUAACACCCUGUGGAAGUUUGACGGCGUCACCAGUCGAGUUGACUACAACGCCCCACCUCUGUUGAUGGCCAACGCUGGCAACCUCACCUUCCCCCUUGAGGCGAAUAUCCGAAAUGUUGGCACCAACUCGAGCGUGAGGAUGAUUGUCCAGAACGACACACCUGCCGCUCACCCUAUCCAUCUCCACGGCUAUAACAUGUACGUUCUGGCCGAGGGUGCAGGAACCUGGAACGGCGUCGUUGUAAAUGCCGACAACCCUCAGCGCCGUGACGUUCAGCAGGUCCGCGCCAAUGGGUACAUCGUGGUGCAGUUCGACCCCGACCACGCAGGAGUCUGGCCUUUCCACUGCCACAUUGCAUGGCACGCGUCUGCCGGAUUCUUCCUGCAAUUCCUCGUCCAGCCGGACCAGGUCAAGAAGCUGCCCAUCCCGCAGAAGGUCGCACAGACUUGCAGGGACUGGGCCGCGUUCACGGCCACAGACAUCCCUGAGCAGAUCGACAGCGGUGUAUAA